AUGAGCGACGCCCACAGGUCGAAGAAGACAGCGGCCACGACGAAGAAGCGCGAGGACGCCAAGUCGCCGCUGCUCGCGCGCAGCCGCCACACUGACAGCAGCAGCGCCGUGCAGAGCAGUCGAAGCAGCAGCAGCCGGAGUAGCAGCUACUCGGACGAGUCGAGCGUCGUGUCGCCGUCUCGACACGACGAGGGGCGGCCGCGAUUCGACUCGCGCGCGUCGUGGGCCGACUCGACGCGCUUUGACAUGGGCCGGAGCGACUCGCGCGCGUCCGAGUUGUCGGCAAAGGACUUUCGGCUCACGGGGUUGGGCCGCUCGUCCGCGUCGCACGGCCGCCAGCGCCGGUCGGACUCGAGGGCCUCGCGGCUGUCGCGGACGAGCAGUCGCGCGAGCAUGAGCGGCUCGGAACGCGGCCGCCAGUCGUCGUUCGUGUCCAACUUUGGCGUGACGAAAGGCAAGAAGCGCAAAGACAGUACGGCGCUGUCGACCAUUACGGAGAACUGGAACUUGGGCGAUGACCAGUUUGGCAGUCCGUUUACCGAAUCGGAUGCACAUGACCCACCUAUUCGAGAGGAGCUACAGCGUGGACUGUCCAUUAUCAACGACCAUACGACAAAGCUCAAGGAAAUCGAAGACGCGAUUACAGCGGCAAUGUCGGAAGUGUGGGGAUAUUGGGCGGACCCUAUUCAGCUUUACCUCCACCCCGCUGAGCGUGUGGAUGUCCAGGAUCUGAUCAAGACGGACAACGAGCUGUUCAACAAGGUUUUGACUGUAUUUUCUGUGCUCUGUGACGAAAUCUCCGAGCUCAAGGUGACGGUAGAAGACAACUUCUAUCCCGCACUCAUCAUGUUCGGCCAAGCGUGCCAUGGAGAGGAAGACGACGUAAAAGCUGGCGAGAAUGAAGUCCACAUUGGACGCAUGCUUGCGUUCUUCCAGGACAUGUCCAACUUUGUGGACCGAUGCAACGCUAUCACCAUCAACAUGAUCCACCAGCUAGCGAGCCUGUACCAGAGUUUCCAGAAACUGUGGAAGUCUACGUUCAAGCUUGUACACCUCCACCCCGCGUUUGACGCGCUAGCAAGUCUGCUUGAAGUCAUGAUAACUAUCGAUGCGAUCGUCAUCGACAACCCGAGCAUCAUAACAUCGUGGGACAAGUACAAGCGCAUGAUGCAGUACGUGCGCUCAGAUCCGCCUCGCUACAACGUCACAGCUGAAAAAGUGAAACAGUUUGAGCGGCUCCUCGUCAGUCUGGAUCAGACGAUAAUGAGCGCACAGGUGUUUCAGAGUUGUAUCGAGCAGGACUUUGAGAUCUUUUCUGGCGGUGACAUCGCGGAAGACGACGAAGAUCUUCGUGGAAGUGAUAGCGAGCGAGGCGGUAGACGUGCGAGCAGCAGUGGAGGAGAGUCCAAGAUUGACAUCCGCACGAACCGAGUGUUCUUGGACGAGUUUGUUCGCUGUAUCAGCGCUCGUUUGAGCAUUGCCGAAAGUGCGAUUGCGUCAGCCACAGAGACGUUCGAACGAAACGAUCUCGUGGGGACAGCAGGACUAUAUGUGCUGCUUCGUGGGCUGCAUCCACCUAGCGUCCCUGUAGACCCUGUGCUGUACAAAAGGCUGUGGGAAAUGCAGUUGAAGGCUCCUUGCGUGACCAUAUGCGGCAAGAUUAUGUGGUACAUGCCCGACUUCUUGUUAAAGUACUCGCCUAUGACGUCGAAGAAGCUGCAUCCGAUGGACAUCGUGCAGUUCCGUCGUGAGUACUUGCAUUCGCUGGAUUCUGCCUUCCCAGCUGAUGUCACGACUGCUAAGCUGGAGCUGAGUGCGUGGCUUGUUCGCAUGGAGUCAUAUUUCCAGCCGACGACUCGCGGGAUGGGUGACGUGUCACGGACGUUGAGCAUCCGCGGCAAUUUGAUACUCAAGGGCUUGAUUUUGGCGAAACGAGUGCAGACCAUGAUGCACACCUUGGUCAAUUUGCACCUUUCUCUGCAAAUCCCGAUGCCCAAACGGGUGGUACGACCGUUGUACACGUGCAUUGAGAUCUUGAAAGCAGUCGAGUUUAUGUUUGCGCGCAAAAAUCCUAUUCUCGCCGAAUCGUCGUCCCACUUGCUGCGCCAGGUAGCGCACUCGUUGUUCUCGUUCUUCCGUCCACUGAAAGCGCACUUGGAAGCAAGCAAGAAGUUUGAUGACACGAAGCUGGACGUGCUAGCCGCUGUGACCGUACUGGAAGAUAUCCUCAACUCUGGAGAGUCGUUUUCGUACACGCGGAUCACGGUGCUUGAUCUUGCAGCUCAGAUUGCGCUGAUAUCGCCAGAGAAUAAUAGUGCUGUCAGCGAGAAGGGCGAUGACGUGGGCACGACAGUCCCCACGGGUCUCAAAGAUGCCGGUGAGCCGGUGAAGCUAAUCUGGAAGUUACGUCUAUUGAGUGAUUUCCAGCGCAAGAUCCGAAGUGCUUGUGAUUGCUCUUUCUUUUACUGGAGUCGCGAGUUGUUGCACCCGUUCUUGUCGGACCUGUACCGUCAGCCCGAACAAGCCAACCGCAUCCAGUACAUUGCGGGCGGUUUUCUUGACGCGAUAAAGCUGCUUCGUGGCGCGCAGCACGAGACAGACAACGAGCGAUAUGUGAAUGCGUACGCGGAGUUUAUCGAGUCAGUCAUGGAAGAGGAGAUUGUGGAAAAUUUGUGCAAGGAUGUGGAAAAUGAUCUACGCCUGCAUGUACAUUCGGUUCAUCUGGACCACUUGGAUGCGCCCAACCCAAAGAGCGCCGACUUCAGGGUACUCCACUACUACCUCAAUCUGCGACCUAUUCGCCUUCACGGGAAAAUGCUUGAUCUGCGGCAGCAAGUCACGCAUUAUCUCGAAAGCACGUUCUACAACUUGACUACUGUUGCCCUGCAUGACUGGAAAACGUACGGUGAGAUGCGCAAUUUGGCGAACGACAAGUAUAGCUUACAUCUUGCCGACAAUCAUCUUCCCAUGGGUUCGCUGGACCAGGGACUGGAUGUCCUUCAGAUCAUGCGCAAUAUCCAGAUCUUCGUUGCUCGGUACAACUACAACCUGAAUCAGCAGUUCUUCUUGGAGCGACGCAGUGACAAGGGCUCUCGACACCUGAACUCGAUCAACAUCCAUUCGAUCGCGAGCUCGAUACGCACACACGGCAUGGGUAUCAUGAACACGACUGUGAACUUCACGUACCAGUUCCUGACCAAGAAAUUCGACAUUUUUUCCCAGUUCUUGUUCGACGAGUACAUCAAGAGUUACUUGCAGCGUGAGAAACGCUGGUACAAGAAACACCGCGACGACAAGGAGGUGGAUAACAAGUACCCUUUUGACCGUGCUUUUCACUUCAAUAAAGACAUUCGGAAGCUAGGCGUCUCGGAUUCUGGCAAGACUUUUUUGGACCAGUUUCGCAUGCUGAUUACAGAGAUUGGUAAUGCGUUGGGCUAUGUGCGCAUGGUGCGCUCAGCUGGUAUGAAUCAUUGCAGCAAUGCCAUAAAGUUCGUCCCCGAUCUGAACCGCGCGCACUUCAAAUUCGAAGCUUAUGCUGGCGACGGCGUCGCUGAGGAAAAGAACGAAGAGACGGGUGAGGUGGUGCAAAGCGAAAUUGUGGGCGCAAAGCUGUCCCGUGAGACUGUGGUCGCGGCUUGCAACCUCGAUUCCGUAAUCUCGACUUUGGCCAAGAACUUUUCGGAAAACAACGACUAUUUCAAGGUGCUCGUCAAGGUUUUCCAGGACGUCACAGUGAGCGACGAGCAGAAACAUCUGGUAAAUUUCUACGCCAUUCUCCCAGCACUCACCAUCAACUACGUUGAGACCACUGUGCAGGCGAAGGAUCUCAUGUACAAGAACACACGUCGGCGGGAAUCGUACUUUUCCGAUGACGGAUUUGCGAUUGGUGUUGCCUACAUUCUAGCGAUCCUUGAUCAAGGAGAGCAAUUUGACGCGCUGCACUGGUUUGAAGAGGUGGAGCGAAAGUACAAGGUCGAGGAAGAGGCCUACAAUGCGAAGCAAAGUGAACGCGAGGCCCGCAAGCGCGCGCAGACAGCCAAGAAGCAGAAGGAGACUGCUGCUGAGCUGAUUGAUGACGAGGAAGAAGUGCAUACGCUGCAGCUCACUGCCAAGCGCAUCGAGUUGAACCGCCGUGAGUUCGACCUGCUGGACUGGUCUCUCAACGGCGCUCGGAUUUUCUUCAAAGACUGA